AUGCCGGAACCUGUCAGCAUCCACCAAAAUGACAAAGUUCUUUUUUUACGAGAAGAAGAAGACCACGCUCAAAAUCAAUUGGAAGCGGAUUACGAGAAAUGCUUGAACGAACUCGCGAAGACAAUCUCCGGAAAAAACCGGAACGUCUCCGGCGACAUAUCCUGGGAGGACCAGUUCAAAACCUUACACGAAUACGUGGACGAAUUAAACCUGCGCCAUUUUUUGGAAACGCAGUCGAACGCGAUACACGUGGCCGGGACGAAAGGGAAAGGGUCCACGUGCGCGUUUUGCGAAUCUGUCUUGUUGGAAAACAAGGUAAAAAAUGUCGGUUUGUUCACGUCGCCGCACUUGGUGGACGUGCGAGAACGGUUUCGGAUAAACGGCGAACCGGUUGGGAAACGGGAAUUUAUCGAGGCGUUUUGGUGGACGAAAACAACGAUCGAGAAGGAAUUAAAGAUGGAGUUACCGGCGUACUUUCGAUUCCUGUUCCUUUUAGGAUUGAAGAUAUUCAAAGACGCCAGGACGGAGUGUUUGAUAUUAGAAGUCGGAUUGGGAGGACGGUUAGACGCGACGAACUGCGUCCGAGAACCCAAGGUGGUUGCGGUGACGAGUUUAGGUUUAGACCACGUGGAAGUGUUAGGAGAUACGAUCGAGAAGAUCGCGUGGGAGAAAGCUGGGAUAUUUAAAAAUAAGACGAGAGCGUUUACGAGUCCGCAAGUUCCCGAGGCGAUGAAAAGUUUGGAGAGGAAAAAAGAAGAGGUUGGAUGCGAGUUGGUCGUCGCAAGACAGAUUGAUUUAGACGGAAACGACGAAGAUGGUAACAACACAGGCGGCGAGGAGAAAGUUGAACUCGGUCUGAGUGGACCGCAUCAGAGGAUAAACGCGAGCUUAGCCGUGGAGUUGGUCAAAGAGUGGGCGAGGAAAACGAAACAUCGAGGGAUAUUAGCAGAAUUGGAGAAGGAAAGAGAGAAGAAACCGGAGGCGAAACUCGUGCUUCCGGAUACUUUUCGAAGAGGAUUAGAAAAGACCAGAUGGCCUGGUCGAGAACAAAUCGUACGAGACGAGCACAGUAAAAACUUGACGUUUUAUUUGGACGGCGCCCAUACGGAAGAGUCCAUGCGCACGUGCGCGGAAUGGUUUUCCGCGCACGUCAACGCCAAACGGAAGAAGGACGGGCAGCACGACAACUGUUACAACGACGGGAAACAAUUAAGUUCGGGAAUGUGUCACAAUGUCUUCCUCUUCAAUUGCAUGGAAGAGCGGUCGCCAAAGGUUUUGUUGUCGGCUUCUGUGGACGUUUUGAAAUCGAAAAACGUGCGCAUUGAUACCGCCAUGUUUUGCCCGCCGGAUUCCUCCGCGCUCGGACUGGUUAAAGUCGAAGACGACAAGAAGAACUUGGAGUGGCAAGAAGCGUGCGCAACGACUUGGCGCGAGAUUGAAAAGGUGAAAGGUCUCAACACCAGUAAUUUUAGUAAUAGUAGUAGUAGUAGUAGUAUUAGUAGUAGUAGUGGUCAAACGGAUGUUCGCGCUUCCGUGGCGGGCGCGAUAAGCGCCUUGAGACGAAAAGCAGAUUUGGUCGCGCCGAAACGCGUCGACGUGUUGGUCGCCGGGUCCCUGUAUUUAGUCGGCGAUAUUUUGCGACAGUUGAAAAAGUUAGGCGUAAAGUAG